AUGAACUUCAACUUUCUCCACAGUGAAGAAUACUCGGACAGCCUCGACGGCGCGCCCUCAGGGACGAUGCAUCACGGACGACACGAGAGAAAGUUCGACAGGUGUCAGCCGGCUGCAGACGCGCAGGUGUCGGCGGCGUGGAGCAGGAAGCACGCUGAUGUCGGGGAUCAAGACAACAAAUGGCAAGAGCGCUGGGAACGUGGGACGAAAGGCGAGAAGAGGAGGAAGUGGAUUCUAAUUAAGGCCCAUCAUGGUGCUGCCGCCUCCUCGUCCUCCCUGCAGCAGCGCGUCGAGUCCCUGCAGCGGCACAUCCACGUACUGCGCCGUGCCAGGAAAGAUGCCGUGCUCUCAGCUCGAGAGCUACAGAGGGCCAAUGAGAAAACCACAACACAGCUCAACUGCCUCUCCGAGAAACUGAGCAGCAGCAAGCAACUCACACAGAAGCUGAGCUCGGAGCUGGCGGGUGUGGAGCAGCAGAAGAAGGUCCUGGAGAUGGAGCUGGAGCAAUGGCGGCAGAGCACAUUCCCACAACACACCACGCAAUCGCCAGCAAACGUGGGGUGUUCCUGCCGGGCCCUGGAGGCGGAGGUCAAACAACUGCAAGCCAAAGUCAAGAGUACAAGUGCGGAGGUCACGAGGCAGGUGGCGGCUAACAAAGCCCUGCGAGGCCAACUGCAGGAGAAGGAGGACAAGCUCCACCAGCUGCAGGACAAGGCCAGCCACGCCGAGCGAGACGCGGGCAUGAAAAAGCAGCUGGUGGACGACCUGAAGACCAGGCUGAAGUUCCUGCAAGACAUGGAGAAGAGUUACCGUGGCCAAGCGGAGGAGCUGGAGAAGAAGGUCAAGUCUUUGUCAGAGGAAGCCUCCAACAGAAAGUCCUUCAUCGAGUCUCUAAAGAGGCGACUGAAUGUGGCGACCACAGAGAAAAGCCAGCACGAGGCGUCUUGUGCCAAACUGAAGGACGACCUGGAAAAAAAGGAGCAGAGAGUUCAUGCCCUCCAGGCUCGCGUGGCCGCCAGCGAUCAGGCCUCGGCCGCUCUGGAACACAGCGCCACUGAGCAAAUGGAGAGACUGACCGAGCAGAGCUCCCAAGCGUUGGACGGGCUUCAGAGACAGCUGGGCCAGGCCUCCUCCCAGCUGGAGCAGCUUCACGCUUUCAUCAAGGCCCUGGCCGGUGAGAUAGUUGUGGAGGUGCACGAGGUCAAGCAGCAGCUGAUGAAGAGGAGGAGGAGGUUGAGGCAGGCCGGCGCUGUUGCGGCUAAAGGCAACCCUUCAGCCAAGUCCAUGAUCAAAGCCAAGUCCAUCGCUGCCUCCAUCCUCAAUAUGUCGGAGAACGAUCUGGCGGACAUAAUGGACUCGGACCAGGGGACAGAGAGUCUUUCAGGGAUUCUGGGAGAUCAGGACUGGCUGGAUCAUCUCAACCACAUCCUCCAACAGAACGUCCCCUCUGCCGGCCAGCUCAUGGAGGCUUUGCGUGUGAAGAUGAAGGAGAGGAAGGUGCUGACAGAAGAGCUGACCAUGCUGGUACACUGCAAAAACUGAAAUCUAAUGCAGCAGCAGUCAGCAAAAAAAGCCUGACUCCCCGGGCCGAGGCUGGGAAAACUGCCAUGCUCCUUCCCCACCCCCCAACCCUUAUCCCGACUCGGUGGGAACUCGGCCCGACUUGAAUGUUUUGGUGAAGCGCCUCGGACCCAUCCAAGGUUUUGUAAUGAGCCCUCGACAUCUGUGUUGGCGCUCGGGGUCUGUCGGAGGAAAGCCUUUUGGCGCCUCUCCUCCCAGUGAUGAAGCUAAUCUGUCACUUUUAUUGCCAUUUAUUUACUUUAAGGUGACCCAACACAGUCUUGAUAUUCAAGGUUUUGUACACUUUUAGGGGGUUUACUCCACCACAUAGACCUGAAAGUCCAUUGAGCAUCUAUAAGCAGCGGCGUCCGACGUGAGCGCAUUUUUUAACGACCCGCGGCACAUUCUAAAACCACAAAAAAAGAUAAAAAGAGCAUACGGAUGGGGUGUGACGUAAAAUAAAAGUCGCAUGCUGACUCUUAAUGACACAAAGUUGUUUCUUUAAAGCUGUCAUUGCUCAAAAAUAAUAAUGAAUCAAAAGCAAUGCUAUGAAUUAUUGACCUGUUAAAGGCUCUAAUUACUUGACAUCAAAUAUUCAAGUUUGGGGGAAAAUAUUGUCAUAAAAGAACAAUAAUUUAUGACAAAAAGGACAUUAAACAAGCAAACUAAAACACAUUAAAAAACAUUUGUAAAAACUAGAGAUGUCCGAUAAUAUCGGUCUGCCGAUAUUAUCGGCCGAUAAAUGCGUUAAAAUGUAAUAUCGGAAAUUAUCGGUAUCGUUUUUUUUAUAUCAGUAUCGGGGUUUUUUUUUGUUGGUUUUUUUAUUAAAUCCACAUAAAAAACACAAGAUACACUUACAAUUAGUGCACCAACCCAAAAAACCUCC